UCAAUAAACGAAAGAUUUAGAGGUCAGAUGGCCGAUUUUGUGCUUCAAAUUUCAAUCACAAUUUGAACCAAAUUCCGAACACGACUUGUGUGUGGUGUCGGGAUGGAUGCAUGAUGUAAAGGCGAGGUAGCUAGCGAUACAGAAUUUACAAACAGCUGCGUGAAGACUUCCACCAUGACAAAGACGAAGAAAGAUCAAGAUGAGACUGUCCCGUUGAUUCAUGAAGGCGACGAAGAGGAAGGCCAAAAGCUAAGAAAGAGGAAAUCCAAGAAAAAGGGCGUUGAGAAGGACAAGGAAGAAGAGGAUAGUGCCGAUGACAGCGGGGACCACGAAGAGGAAUUGACCCGAAAGAAAAAGAAAAGGAGCAAGAGCGAAAAACGUGAAAAGAAAAAGAAGAAGAAGCGAUCAUCCAAGUUGAACCUUGGUGAAGACGACGACGACGACGAGGAGGAGGAGGAGGUCCAGAAAAAGUCCAAGAAGAAGAAGAAGAAGAAAACCAGGUCCAACGCGGAAGAUACAUACAGCAGUGAAGAUGACAAGAAGAAAGAGAGAAAGAAGAAAAGUAAAAAAUCGAAAAAGAAAUCCUCAAGAGACAUUCAUGUUAGCGAUUCAGAAACCUCUGACGAAGACGCACGUGCAACCAGUCCACAGAAAUCUAUGGAAGAACGGGCCGAGGAGGGAGUGGCUUUGAACAAAGAUCAGACACAUCCGUUGCUUACCCGAAGCGCAAAGAUGGAUCCUGGAGAACAACCAAUCAAACCGGAAAGAAAGCCAAAGAGCACGUUCUUUCGCAUCUUGCAAUGCAUGAUGGUGGUUCUCUUUGUCGUCUUCCUGACGGGGCUCUCGGUGUCCGGCGUUCGAUACUUGAUCGGAGUGUAUGGUGAAUCUCCAACAGACGAAACAGAUGACGCUGACAAGACUGGGUCUCAAGCGCAAACGGUCAGCUCCUCUGCUCCCGAGGGAGCUCCGUUUCCAGAAGAACUGCUUCCUCCGUCCACCUGGAGCGUCAUCAACAAUCCUAACCCCUCACCACAGAAAAGUGCAUACCAAUGGCUCAAGAGUGAUCCGUACAUUUCUAAGUACACUGAUAAGCAAAAGGUACAGAGAUUUGCUCUGGUGGCAUUCUACUUUGCCACAAACGGAGACAACUGGAGUUCCUCGGCCUCUUGGCUCUCAAUGAAUGCACCAGAGUGCGAAUGGCUUUCACACGCAGCAUAUGGCAGUGCUUGCGACGAAUAUGGGGAUUACAAGCGUUUGACGCUCGUGACCAAUGGCUUGGAGGGAACCCUGCCCGCGGAGGUCGGUCUGUUGACUGCACUCCAAGAAAUCAACUUGCAGAGCAAUCGAGGCCUGACGGGCCCGAUACCAACCACCUUUGGACGCCUGGCUCAACUGGAGACCCUUCUGCUCCAUGAUUGUCAGCUCACUGGAGAAAUUCCAUCGGAGUUUGGCUUGCUUCAGAACCUAUCAGAGCUGAACUUGGAGUUCAAUGACUUGAGAUCCAAGAUUGUGACAGAGCUCGGGAAUCUAAAGUACUUGGAAACGCUGAUUUUGAGCCACAACCAUCUCGACGGGCCGAUCCCUUCUGAGAUUGGUGGCAUGACGAAUCUAUUGGAACUUCGAAUGGAAGAAAAUGGACUCGAGAGCACCAUCCCGCCCGCUAUCGGGAAACUGAAUCGUCUGGAAACCUUGGUGCUUAGCCAAAAGCAAAACGGUUUGGUUGGGCCUAUCCCGUCCGAAAUUGGGGCCAUGGAGUCCCUGCGUGAACUCAACUUGCAAUUCAACGAGUUGACGAGCUCCAUUCCCAGCCAAGUCGGUCAGCUCUCGAAUCUUCAGGCGCUGGUGCUGAAUAGCAACAAAUUGACUGGGGCCAUCCCAACAGAGAUUGGAAAGCUCCUUCAGUUAAUGCGCCUCUCAUUGUCCGCCAAUCGCAUCACAAACAGGAUACCUUCUCAACUUGGAGAGCUUACCAUGUUGGAAGGGCUAUAUUUGCACACAAACUAUCACACGGGGGCAAUCCCAGUGGAGCUCAGCCAAUUGACAGCCCUAACUCGACUACGUCUGGAUUCCAAUCAAUUGGAUCAAAGAAUCCCAUCGGUUUUAGGACGGUUAGAAAAGCUGGAGUGGCUGUUGUUGAAUAAGAAUAGUCUCCACGGCCAGAUUCCCUCUGAAAUUGGCGAAUUGCACGAGAUGCAGAUGCUGCAGCUGGGCAACAACUUGUUGGUAGGCCGGAUCCCAGAUUCCUUCAAGGGAAUGCCUCGGCUCCAGGAGUUGUCACUGGCGGGGAACUCCUUCAUUGGAACGUUCCCUUCUGAUAUUUGCUCGCUGUACGAAAACGGGUGGAUCGAACUGAAAGCGGACUGCUUCUCCUUCGAAUGCAACUGCGGUUGUUUCUGUGAGCCGUGAUUGGACGUGACUAGCUGGAGCCUUUGAUCGGAUGGGGAGGUUGAGUCGUUUGUACAAGAUGAAAAUGGCAGCGGGGCACACGACAGGGAGUGCUCCUGUGAAUGCAACCGCGGUGGCCAACGAUGGAGCCGCCAACUAGAUCAGGUACAGACGUUGCUAUGGCUAGCUAGUAGUAAGUUCAAAAGUUUUUCUCUUCCACAUUCCAUUAGAGCUGCCGCGAGAAUGCAUU